UGGGCGUUUGCAGGCUGUGUUUUGUGUGUUUUGUCAGCAAGCAUCGGGGGGGGGGGGGGCGUUAUAGUAAGAUCUUUUCCCAUUUUUUGGAGCAGAUAUUAGGGAAGAUAUGUCCGUUACAUCAAGAGAAGCGAAACAACACGAAUUUUCCUCAGCAUUUCGCUUUUGUCGUACCUCCGUGAUAAAAAUUACGGUUGCCAAUCAACAGGUCACGCGUCAAAGACCAUGUGGCAUGUCGAAGAUGACAUAUAAUUUGCAAGUCGUGUCGUCGAUAUAUUCAUUGUUUACUUCUCACUUGAACAAGGACGAUCUAACAGUGAUACGUGCACAUGCCUGCCUUGUAUAGAGAUCCAUCAGUUGAUCAUGUCGGAGUUUGGGGAAUACCGACAUCAACUUUGGAUUGGUGUGAAGAAAACUAUUUAGUUACGGAAUAUGUUGCAGAAUUUUGGAAUACAAUCACAAAUUACUUCAUGGUGGUUCCUCCGUUGCUUGCAAUGCUGAGAUGUUAUCAACUUGGAUAUGAUACAAGAUUUCUCUUAUCAUUUCUCUCAUUCAUGGGUAUAGGGAUUGGUUCAACUCUGUUUCAUGCUACAUUGCAAUACAAGAUGCAGUUGCUGGAUGAACUACCAAUGAUUUAUUGUACCAAUAUUAUGCUUUAUUGUGUGCUGGCUUGUGACAAUGAACCUCGUAAAAAGAACUUUGGGUUAAAAAUAUUUCUGAUGAUGUUUAGUAUUAUUGUGACUGUGAUUUAUAUUGUUUUUGUUAAUCCCUUGAUAUUCCAGUGGGUGUAUGGAUUAAGUGUUGCAUUUCUCAUUGUAUCGACUGUCAGCUCCGCCAGGAAACACAAAGUUUCACAGAAAUAUUCCAGCUGGGCGUUACUUUGUUAUGGAAUUGGUUUUAUAUUAUGGAAUAUCGACAACGUAUUUUGUACACGUGUUAGAUAUUUUCGUGGUUUAAUACCUUGGCCUUUCGAUGCACUGGGUCAACUGCAUGGAUGGUGGCAUUGUCUUGCUGCUUUUGGUGGAUAUUUUCAAAUAUUGUACACGAUUGACUUGAGGUUGAAGUGUCUGAAGGAUAAACGGAAAUCAGAACAGAAUGGCUCUUGUCAAAACGGUGGAACUGAUAAACAACCGAGAAGUAUUUCAUCCAGUGUAUUUCGAGAUCUUUGGUGUUGGAUUCCUGUUAAUACUCGCAGGAACUGUGAUGCUGAAUAUGGUGUGAAUAAUAACAUAGUCAGCAAUGGCAGUUGUGAUCACAUGAGAUUGUAAUACUGAUCAUUUUGGUCAGUAUAAGAUGCUAUAGUGUCAGUGCAUUACGAUACAAUGGUGAUAACAUCAUUAACAUGUACAUUCAUGACUGUUAGUUACCAUUGUAAGGCUAAUGCUUCCAAAACACGUGGUUUAGGUCAAUGAAUAGAUCGUUAGUUCGUUCUUUUGAGUUUUUGGUGUGUUAGUUUUGUUCUUUUCCUGGUUUUUAACUAAAGGAUAUCGGUUACAUAUGAUAGAAAUUAGGAUAGAAAUUAGACAUUACGUCAUUAGGUUGUAAAUACUUGUGUUCCAGCAUCAUUUCCACUAAAUAUUUUCCAAUACACUGUUCGUUUACAACGGUACUUACGGUUUUUACAUAAUUAUUUAUGUAUUUUAUAUUGAUUACAUCAUGUAUUUACACUCAAAGUGAUACUUGCGAUUUUCUAAACUAUAAUAGUGGACCAUGCAAGUAUUAUAACUUAUGUAUAUUUUCAGGUAUAUUUUAUAGAAAAUAGUGUGAUAUUCAAUAUAUAAAGUUUGCUAAUUGUAGAAAAAUAUUACCCAAUGUUAACAAACUAUUUUUGUAAAUAAAUUGUGCAGA